UCUUCAAACGUUUAUGUUUUUUAUUUAAAAAAUAUGUUUUUUUCUUUUCCCAUUAUAACAAACUUUUGUCACAUCCAGUACGAGUACGAUUGUGGACAAUCGCCCAUCUCUAAUUCGUUACUUUUUAUUAUCAUUGGCGAGUGAACAACCAGCUGUUUCCAAAAGCAGAAGAGUUUUUGUUAUAGAUUUACUUUGUGAGGCAUAUUUGUAUAAAAAUCGGAUUAGAUAAUAACAAAAAUGCUUCUAAAACAUUUAAUAAAUAAAGGUCAGCAACAGAUGCGUUGUAUUUCAUCCGCGUCCGCCGCUGUAACGCGACUACAUCGCUCUGUGUAUUGCCGCAUGUAUCCUACYGUGGUUGUGCAGCCUGAUGGUUCCACAAUUAACAUACGCUACCACGAGCCAAGGAAAAUAAUCAAGUUGCCAUUGGACCUUAGUACCUUAAGCGAAGCUGAGCGGAAAGCACGGUURGAAGCACGUAAGCCACGGAAGAAGGUCAAGAUUAUGGAGGAAGUUGAAGAUACCUUCAAUGCAAAGAAAUAUAUGAAAUAUAUUAAGAAGAAACAAUAGUUAAAUAUAUAUUGUUACAAAGUACGAUUGUGAAAUUGAAUUUCAUUAACAAGUUAUAAAAUUGGUUUUAACAUUAGAUGUUAAUUCCUUCAAGUCUUGUA